AAGCUUCUGAGGCAGCCUGUUGAGUUCAGGGUGCUCAAGUGUCUGGGAGAGAACACGCAGCUCUCGGGGGGACCCCAGCGACAGAUGUGGCCCUCAUUGUACUGAGGCUCUGGUCACGGAGACCCUGUGGGGUUGCCUGGGCCUGCGGUGGGUGUCGAGCCCCUCAUCAUCCUGCCGGCAGAAGGCUGUGGCCCUAGAGCAGUCUCACAGCACGUCCUCUGGACUUGUUCCGCAGCAAAUCCCAGACAUUAAACCCCUUGAUGAGAAGCAGGACAGUGCUGGGGAGGGGGCCCUGCCAGCACACUCUCUGCCUGCAUGACCUCCCCGGUCCCUUCUCUGAGCCUCAGUGGCCCUGGUCCAUAAAAUGGGGUUUCUAGGGUUUCCGUGAGAGGCUGGGGACUGUGGUCGGCACAGCCCCCCGCACAUGGGAGCCCUAGAGUUAACCGCACAGUGCCUGUUCUACGUUUUGGAGGUGGCACGACUUCUGCCCGGUGAAUGGAUGACCUCCCGAGACUCUGCCCUGUGUGGACUCUGCAGGCUGCAUGUCCUCUGAAUAGUCCUGGCCCAGAGCCAAGUACGGCAGCUGGACUGCAGCUCCUCCUCUUCCUGUUCUCUCCCUGCCCCUCCCCCUGCCCGGGCAGCACAGAAAGCUGAUUGUAAGCAAAUUCCUGGCCUAGUACUGGGCAGAAAUGGCUGCAAGUGGCCGAGGACUCAGCCGGGUCUUAGGUGCCUCUUCUUGCCCUGCUUGGAGAGGAGCUCAUUGGGAAGCCAGAGGACGCCUAAAGCCUGAGUACGAUGCCGUGGUGAUAGGAGCAGGACACAAUGGGCUGGUGGCUGCGGCGUACCUGCAGAGACUGGGGGUGAACACGGCAGUCUUCGAGAGACGCCCAGUGAUUGGAGGUGCAGCUGUCACUGAGGAGAUCAUCCCAGGGUUUAAGUUCUCCCGAGCAUCCUACCUCCUCAGCCUGCUGAGGCCACAGAUUUACACCGACCUGGAGCUGAAGAAACACGGGCUGAGGCUUCAUCUUCGGAACCCCUACUCCUUCACCCCAAUGCUGGAAGAGGGCACAGGGAACAGAGUCCCCAGGUCCCUUCUUCUGGGCACAGACAUGGCGGAAAACCAGAAGCAGAUUGCCCAGUUCUCGCGGAGAGAUGCGCAGGCGUUCCCCAAAUAUGAGGCAUUCAUGAAUCGGUUGGCAUUAGCCAUAGACCCUCUGCUGGAUGCAGCGCCAGUGGACGCGGAGGCCUUCCAGAGGGGUUCCCUGCUGCAAAGGCUCAAGUCGCUCUCCACCCUCAAACCCCUGCUGCAGGCAGGUCGCGUGCUGGGAGCCCAGUUGCCCCAGUAUUACCAGGUCCUCACAGCUCCAAUUACAAAGGUGCUGGAUCAGUGGUUUGAGUCCGAGCCUCUAAAAGCCACUCUGGCAACGGAUGCUGUGAUCGGAGCCAUGACAAGUCCCCACACUCCGGGGAGUGGGUAUGUGCUGCUACAUCACGUGAUGGGGGGCCUCGAGGGGAUGCAAGGGGCCUGGGGCUAUGUCCAGGGUGGCAUGGGUGCCCUCUCUGAUGCCAUCACCAGCUCAGCCACUGCACAUGGAGCAAGUGUCUUCACUGAAAAGGCAGUGGCCAAAGUGCAGGUGAGCAGCGAAGGGCACGUCCAAGGAGUGGUGCUGCAAGACGGCUCGGAGGUGAGGAGUAAGGUGGUGCUGUCCAACGCAUCUCCACAGGUCACCUUCCUGAAGCUGACACCACAGGAAUGGCUUCCUGAGGAGUUCAUGGACAGGAUCUCCCGACUAGACACCCAGUCACCUGUUACCAAGAUCAAUGUGGCUGUCGACAGGCUGCCUGACUUCCUGGCGGCCCCCAGUGCUCCCGGGGGCCAGCCACUGCCCCAUCACCAGUGCUCCAUCCACCUAAACUGUGAAGACACCCUCCUCCUCCACCGGGCCUUUGAAGAUGCCAUGGAUGGCCUGCCUUCCCACAGGCCUAUGAUCGAGCUCUGCAUCCCUUCCUCGCUGGACCCUACCCUGGCUCCCCCCGGCUGCCAUGUUGUCUCGCUCUUCACACAGUACACUCCCUACACGCUGGCUGGAGGCAAGGUGUGGGAUGAGCAGGAGAGAAACGCUUAUGCAGACAAAGUGUUUGACUGCAUCGAGGCCUACGCCCCUGGCUUCAAGGGCUCCGUGGUGGGCAGGGACAUCCUCACACCGCCUGAUCUGGAGAGAAUUUUUGGGCUUCCUGGAGGGAACAUAUUCCACUGUGCCAUGACCCUGGACCAGCUCUACUUCGCCCGCCCCGUGCCCCUGCACUCCAGCUACCGCUGUCCUCUCCGGGGCCUGUAUCUCUGUGGCAGCGGUGCCCACCCUGGAGGAGGCGUCAUGGGAGCCGCGGGACGCAAUGCAGCCCAUGUCGUCUUCAGAGACCUCAAGAGCAUGUGACCCUGAACCGACUCUGACCCAGGACAAAGAAUCUACCCUUGAGAUUUUAAGUCCCCAUUGGGUCAGUUUCCCAGGAUACGGCAGACAAGCCCUCAUGCUCAAGGCACUAUUUUAGGAGAAACGUACAGGUUACAUUUGAUACUUGUUAACCUGGUACCCAUGUCUUCAUGAGUGAACCGGUUUUGUGUUAUUAAAAACAAUGUUUUAGAUAA